GAGGUCCCACUGUAGAAGAAACUUCACGAGAUUGUUUGUUUGUGGUGUGCCAAAAAAAAAGAAGAUUUUCAGGUUGAAAAUGCCUUUUUGGUGAGAAUUUAGCAACUUCCUGGCACUUGUGAGUGUUUUGUUGGUAAAUUGUGUUGGAAAUUGGUUGUUGCGGAAGUGCUGGGAAUGGCGGAAUUCAUUGAUUCGCUCCUCAAUGAAAUGUCAUCAACAUUCAACUAUCAGACGGAUGAUGUUAAAAUUGACCUGAAUCGGGAUAGAACACUCAAGUGGCGGAGUCUCCAUCACAAUCAGUACGCCUCGACGAAGAAGAAGUCGUCGCGGGUGGGGCGCAAUGAGGAGGGAUCGCCCUAUCAGUCUGUUAAGGUCUUCCGGAAUCCUCUGAGCAAUUCAACGACGGGACUGAAGAAACUCCGGAGGGCGGCACGGAUGAAGUUAAGUCGUCUCGAGAGGAAUCUCCGUCGCAAGGCGCAAGCAGAGGAGUCACCGGUGGAAGAGAAGCCGAAACCACCAAUUGCGGAGACAACAAACAUUCAUGUGAACUACAUUGCUGGGGAUUGUGCUCUCAAUCUCAUUGACAUGAAGCCGGAGAAUGUGCAGAUAUUUCAGGGCGCUUCCGUCAAGGUAGAACGUCGAACAUCACGACGAUCAACUGAGAAACCAUCCGUUGAAUCCCCAAAGAAAUCCACCCCCAAGAAGAUGAAGAAGGCCCAGGAAAACCCCGAGAGUUCUCAGGAAGUUUCCCGGACAGAGGGAACCCUUCUGAGUCAACGACCACCGCGAAGGGUUAAGCCAACUGAGAAGAUUUUGGCCAAUAAACGUCUUCGGCGUGGAAUUCAGAUUCACAAUACAAAGGUUAAGGUCACCGAAGCUCUUUGGCGGGAACGUGAGAAUCUCGCCACGGCUCCCAUUUCAACGUGUGAGGGGGACACCACGGCGGAGAAGCCGCAGGAUGUUGUGCAGGAAGCAGAAAUGUCACGCAAAACGCAGCAUUUGCAGCAACUUGGCCUCACGACCAUCACACAAGUUGCAGAUGCGGAGACAGAAAGGAUGGAUCCGGAGGAGAAAAUUGCCCCGCCUGAAGCUCCUGCGGGGACAAUGGUGUGCCUGUGUCAGGAGGAGACACGAUUCUUCCCUCAUGCGCAGGGGGAGGCACUCUUUUGCAAUGCAGUUGAUCAAUUUGAGACGGAAUUCGUGGGAUGCUGCAAUCAGGUGGAUGAGAGCACGUGCAUCCGACGACCCAGCACCAGGGCAUGCUUUAUGGUACUCUGCGAUAGUCACCGGAAGCGCCUACUUAGUCACAAUUGUUGCUCAGGAUGUGGAGUUUUUUGCACACGCGGGCAGGUACUUCUCUGCCCACGGAAUCACUUCUUCCAUCGGGAUUGUGUGCUGGAUGAGGGGAAGCGCGGGGAGAUGGUGAUGUGCCUCCACUGUGGGGAUCUCACGGAGACAGCUGAAGUGAGGAUUGAGCUGAAAUGCGACAAUCGCAUUGUCUUCUAUCCCAGUCAAAAGACUUUUUUGCGUUGCACCAAAACUCCCGCAGUUCUGUUCAGUGCAGAUGGACAGAUUUCCGGGGAAACACCCACCGAGGGAGGACGUACAAUUCCUCAGCAUAUCAUGAAUACCCUCAUCCGGGCAUCACAGCAAGCACCAGCUGGUUCCCCGCAGGAUGGGCUCAGUCCGAAGAAUCUCCAGGCAGCUAUUAAGAAUGAUGACAUUGAUCGUGUGGCGGAAUAUAUUGUUAAAGGAUUUGACUUUACAGCACCCUGCCAGGAGUUUGGCUACGGCUCCUGCCUACACUAUGUCUCCUAUUUCGGCACUGUGGAAGUCCUCCAGCUCAUCCUGUGUCGUUUUGCAGCUCCCGAAUUCAUUGAUAUGCUCGACAAGGAGUUCCAAACGGCUCUUAUGUGUGCCGUGAGUGGCAGCAAGAUAGACAUCCUGCUCCUCCUCCUACAGUAUGGCGCAAAAGUCACCCAAAAGGGUCCCGAUGGGAUGACAGCACUGCAUUUAGCAGCUAAAACUGGGAAUUUCCGUGCUACAAAAAUCCUCCUUGAGCACUACAAGAAGAAGGUGGACAGAGGGAAGUUCAUGGAAUUCCUCAAUGAUGUUGAUCAUGGAAAUUGGACAGCACUGGUGUGGGCAGCAGAGCUCGGGCAUGUGAACAUUGAGAGCUACCUCAUUGGACUCGGUGCUGAUGUGACAAUUUGUGACUUUGAGAACAACACAGCCCUCCAUUGGGCAGCGCAAUCGAACAAAAUUGCCGCCAUUGUGCCCCUCCUGCACACGAAUGCCAAUCUAAAUCAUCAGAAUGUCAAUGGGGACACUCCACUGCAUAUUGCAUGCAGACAGCUGAAUACCCAAAUGUGCCUCAUGCUCCUUGCCAAUGGGUCUGAUGUGCACGUGAAGAAUUUCACGGAAGAAACAGCCAUUGCGUGCAUUCCCGAUGCGAAGAGUCAAUGCGCACGGAUUAUGCAGUUUAACAUGCAAAUGCAGCGGAAUGCCAUUCCCGUUGUCCAGGAAUUGUGUUCGGAUAUAUCAAAUGGACGGGAAGCCGUGCCAAUUGCAAUGGUGAAGAUAACACGAAGGAACCCACAGAGACGUACUGAGGAUACGGAGUGGGAGGUUCCAAUGCCAGCUUUUAAGUACAUCACAAAGCCAGUAAUGGUGGAGGAGCUAAUCCAGAUGGACAUUCGUCUUGCCCGGAUGGAGAUGUGUGAUUGCAGGGACAAUUGCGCAACGAGUUUAUGCAAGUGCAUAAGGAAAUCUAGUCAGAAUUGCUACACUUUGGAGGGACGUCUUUGCGAUGAUUUCAGCUUCACUGAACCAUCGAUUAUAUUUGAAUGCAACGACGUGUGCGGAUGCAACAGACUUGUCUGCAAGAAUCGCAUCGUCCAGAAUGGUAUUAAAGUUCCAAUGGAAGUAUUCAGUGUUGGUGACAAGAAGGAAUGGGGUGUUAGGUGCCUCAAGGAGAUCCCCAAAGGGACAUUCAUAGCGGAAUAUAUUGGUGAGAUGCUCAGCAAUGCCGAUGCUGAUCGUCGCCCCGACGACAGCUACUUCUUUGGCUUUGAUCUGUCUGAGUACUGUAUUGAUGCUAAUUUCUUUGGGAAUGUGAGUCGUUUCUUCAAUCACUCCUGCAAUCCCAAUAUGGUUCCAAUUCGGGUCUAUUUUGAACAUCAUGACCUCAGAUUCCCGAAAAUUGCCUUCUUCUCCACGCGAGAUAUUGCGGCAAAAGAUGAAUUGACAUUUGACUACGGCAAGAACUUCUGGAAGGUCAAGCAGAGAUACUUCAAUUGCAACUGCAACACCCCUGAGUGUCGGUACCGAACGAAGCUCCCAUCCCCAGAUCUAGAUCAAUUGGACACUGACUGAAGCCAAAAAAAAAAACCACAAAACCAAACAAAGAAAAAAUAAAUCAAUAAAUUGAACCAUUUUUAGCUGAAAAUAAAGCAAGUUUUAUGUA